ACGUGUCGGUCGGGUUUAAUGUCACGGCAAUGGUAACGAAGUAGAAUUCUGCUGUUAGGCGGAAAUAUUGUGUGAGCUCUGGGAAAAACGCGACGAAGACGGAUACGUGAAACGCGAGACGUGAGCGGCGAGGCGGGCAACCAUAGUGACGCCGUAAAACCGAACGCAGUCACUUAACGAAUUGCUCCACUGUGACGUAAUGAUUAUUAUUUUUAGCGUUAGCAAAAACGAAAACUUUUCAGUGUUUUAAAAGCCGGUUUCCGUAUCGAAGUUUUCCAGUGUUUGUUCGCAACUCAAAGAGAAUAGUUAGUUAAUUUCUACUGACAGCGCUCGUGCUUCAGAAUUCUCAACUCAGAUAGCAGAGCGCGUAAAAAAUAUUACAAUUUUGUGAAGUGUGCCAAAACGGCAAACAUUAUUAAUUAUCGUUAUUAUUGUACUUAGCAACGCCAAGAGCCACAACAAAGUGAAAUAUUUGUUAAUUUUAUGAACGAAUUGUCAAUUAUGAUAAAAAGUGCGAAAAGGUGCAAAUUAUCGUGAUAUUCAGUUGAUAAAUUGCAAGAAUAAUAAUUAACAAGCGCCUAUUCAAAAUAAUUCAGUUUAAAGAGAAAGCAGAGAAAAUAAAGCAGACAACAAUUUCAUAUACCAGGAGAGAAAAAUAAACCAAAAUCGAUAUGUCUUCAACUAAAUUCAUUGCUAUUCUGCCGCAGGCUACACAGCCGGGUGAUAUAGUUCAAAUCAGUGGAAAAAUAUCUGUCGACGCAAAAGAGUUUUCCAUAAAUUUCGCAAAUGAAGUCAAUGAGAAUCCACAAUCCAUCGCUUACCAAUUCAAAUGGGAUCUGGCUAACAAUGUAUUAAACGAGGGCUGCAAGGAAAAUGACGAAUGGAUCAAGAACAAAGAAACGCAAUUCGACGCCUUAGAUGGUCGGUUUAAAACUCACUUAACUCAUGCUAAUAAAGCAAAUACUAAUGAUAUUUUAAGCAAGGGCUUUCUCAACACUAACUCUGUUAUGAACACUACUGACGCAUUUGUAAAUUCCAAUUCGUAUUCUCUUUUAGGGCCGGAAUUUGCCCUAGAAUUCGCAUUCCAAGACGAUGGCAUCUAUGUGUACUUGGUGUGCGAAGACGGCCGAAAUUAUAUCACACAAUUUCAACCCGAAAGCGAUUUUCAAUACAUUGAAUCGAUACAGGUGUGGGGCGAUGUGGAAAAAAUUACACAUCUAUCAUUCUCUUAUAAUUAAACGCAUUAACAAGGGAUUCAAAAAAAGCACAAAAGCUCGCAUCAAAAUGUUGCCAUAUCCAAAGAAUUGUUACUUGACAAAAAAGCACUUGCAAUGGGACAAUCGAUCGGCUACCGGUUCGGAAAAAGUUAGUAAGAGUAGUUUUCAAUUGGUUUGCAUGAUUUCAAAAUUUUUUAUGCUUGAACUUAUGCACACCAACAAGUAUUACUUUAAAAUGAUUUAUGCUUUAAAUUUGUUUUUCUAAUAUUUCACACAUUUAACUUAUUUAUUUGGGACUUUCCAUUGGUAGCAAAAUAAUUUUGUAUGUAGUUUAGUAAUUUUAAUUUUGAUAAAACCAAAUCACAUAGUGAUAAUGAGCCGAAAAGUAUUAAACAAUGGCACCUAUUUACCUUAAUCUUAGGCGCAGCUCACAAGUUGUACGGCACCAAUACCUGGCACAGCAAAAUCUUCCGUCGCAAGUCGAGUAAAUACGCCGCCCACCCACCUGCACUUACCUUGUUAAAUCGAAUUGAGAUUUCUUUGUGUUUCUAAGCAUGCGUUAUUUGCAUAAAAUGCACACACACACACACAUACGUAGAAGCAUGUAUGUAUAUUUUGUGUACUUAAGCACCGGCCACUCGCACGUUUAAUUUCCUGCCAUAAUGACGCGGUUCUCGGGUGCACUGAAAGCCCAGCGCUGCAUGCUACACAUAAAUGCAUACAUACAAAUGCAUGCCUGCCACUCCAGAGAGAAUAAAUUAACUUUUGCAUGCCCGCCCGCCUUAAGCCUCGCUACAAUCUAAGCUACUGCUUAAGUUGUUUUCAAGUUAGCGCUAAGCAUAAGCAAAAAGUAUUUAAUUUUUUAUUUUUUGGGCUUCACUGAACUAACUAUUUCAUUAUUGAAUAACGUUUAAUGUACCAAAGAUCAAGUGUAAGUAAGUAAAAAAAAUUAUAACUAAAAUAAUAAGAAAUAAAAUACAAUAAAUCAGUCGCUAUUUUGUUAGGCCACCUACGAUGCCUUGUAAACGUUAAAAUUUCUGCUACAAUUAGAAAAACAAUAAAAAUAAAUAAUUAAAAUUUUUAAAUAAAUGUCUUAACCGUUAUAAUACUAAGCUUAUAGAUAUAACAAUUACAGCUCAUAAUUGUAUUGUGUAUACCCAACUAAUAUAAAAAUGUAUUGAAAAUUUUACACAGCACACAAUUGCCUUUGAUAACAAGAAAAAAAAUGUCAAAAGAUAUAUAAAAAAAUAUGGGAAUGUAUUUUUGGUAUAAAUAGUUUUUAAUUAAGAGUCCAUUAUUGUUCGGUCUAUUACUAGCUAAGUUCGAGUAUCACUCCAGCAAUAAUAACACCGGUCGACCCGAUUUUUUGGUCUGGUUUCUGAAUCUCAAAUUUUGGUUUCUUUUACGUCUUUAAUUUUACAAUAGUUACAGCAAUAUUGUGACUCUGUUACUCUUUUGAUGGCCUAUUGCUAAUAGUCAGCUGAUUAGCUGCCGCAAUCAAGGUGCAUUCAUUAAAGAUGGUACGAGUAGCACUAGACCAACAACAAUGUUUUGUACGUUUGAUUGUCAAAGAAAAUUAUUGGCAAAGUAGAAAACAAUGAAUGAAUUCGCCUUGUUUCUAUCUGGGCUGACAGCCACAUGGACACGGCAAAAGAAAAAAACCAAUCAGCUGAUUUACCGAUACCAUCUUUAAUAGAUUCGCCUUGGCCGCAAUAUUGAAGAAGUUAUUUCGCUUGUUAUAUUGUUUCAAAAUAUGUAAUUAUUGGCAACUCGUUUUAUUUAAAAUUAAUUUGCGGUGAAAGCAAUAAAUAAAAAAUAUUGAAUUUCAAAGUACUUUUCCUUUUCUGCUUCUGCUAUGCAGUGACAAAUUUUGUACUGCGCUUGAUUAGCUAGGGGCAUUGUACAAAUCCAUAAGUAAAAACACUCUCAGCUGUUCGUCAAAAACGCCCACAGCUGAAAUCAUCUGAUUCUGAAACACUCUUUUAUGUAAAAUGGGUGCAUAAAAACAUGAUUAAAUUUCAUAGAAAAUCGUAUCAAAAAGUCUAAAAAAUGUUGUACAAAUUUAGAUACUUGUCAAUAAAAAGCAUUAUUAUAGCAAAGAAAUAUAUUAAAAUUAUUUGUUAUUGUAAAUUUUGUAAUGUUUUGAAUGUUACCAUAAAAAUUCUAAUUUGGCAUAGCAACCCCUCCCUACGCUCAAGGAAAAAGGCAAAGCACUCACACCAUCCCACACUUGCUUGCCUGUCAAACUCACACCUGGGUGCCUCUCAAAAAUAAGAAGACGAAAAUUGUGUUUUACUUGUAUUUCUGUACAAUGGCUGGUAGUGACCAUCGGAUUGGCAACAUUUUACUGGCAGCACGCGUGACGUUGGCAAUGUUACAGAAAUUUUGUGAUACAUUCUCAUAAAAAGUAGCACUGUCGCAAUUAUUGUAGCUCGAACACACUCUUUAAUUAAAAAAAAUGUUAAUAAAAGCUCGAAAAUAUAAAAUAUUGUAAUAAAAAAUCCAUUUUCAAAAGUGAAUAUUGAAAAUAUGAUUUUCUUAUGUUUAUAGGGAUUCUCUCGGGAUUAAAUCCCUUAUGGACGUAAAAUAGACAAAAUGAAGUGAAUUAAAACGGCAAGUCAGAAAAAACACUUUUUGUCGACCUGUGUAAUCGAAGAAAAAUUACUCGGAGUAUUACGAUCAAUUUUAUUUAAAGAGAAAAAUUUAGUAUUCUCAAUACUAUACGAAAGGAAAAUGUGCAGACACUGACAAGUUUCAUGAACAGCUGGCACGAUUAAAAUUGUGAAAUGUACUAUAAAAUACCAGAAAGAUAAACGCAAACGUAUUUACAAGAAAGUAAUAAAAUUCAAUCAAUAGCAAACAAUCAGCUUGCCUUGCAUGAAUGUCACUUUGCACUACCAUUUCCUCUCGCCGGUAAUCAAAUUUUGGGGUACUCGAACGCUAAUUUCUAAGAGUUUCUGAUAAUCAUUAAAAAAUCAUAAGUUAAUCUAACAGUCAUAUUCUUUAUAUAAUAUAUUGCCUUUUAUGUGUACUUGUAAUCGCUGUAUAAGCUUAAAUUUAAUAAUUCUAUUUGAAAAAAAAAAUUAAUUAUGCGAAAUUCUAAAUUUCGAUUACAAAAUGAAAGUUAAGUCCUAUAUAUUAAUUUUUUAUACCUGCUCACAAAUGUUUAAUGUCAAAUAAUCCAGAUGAGGAAAGUGCGCAUUAAUAUUAAAAUGCAUUUAAUUUAAUAAUUUUGUUAAUAACUUUUCAUAAAAUGUU